AUGGAAGAGCCCACGCCGUCUGGGCCACGCACGCUGGGAGAUUGCUGCAUGUGGCCGAAGGAGUUCCUUCAGAGAAUGACCUCAGGCGAGCAUCGCCGCGAAGUCGCUGCAAACUUGCAAAGCCGGCAGAAGCUGCUUGUGACCACUUCCUUCGCCGGGAUUGGCACCGCGGAGAUUGCCGCCGCCAUGAUUUGCAGGGAGCUUCAGACUAGUGGUCAUUGGCCUGCCGACCGGACUUGCCUUGAGGUGUAUUGCUCCUGCGAGAUCGACAAGGCCUGCGUGAGCGUCUUGCAAGCCAUGGAAGGCUUCCCAUGCAAGAGCCAGCACCUUUUCGGCGAUGUUUCCAACGUGGCAGCGCCAGAGCUUGUGACGUCGUUGGCUAAAGAUCUGCAGUCUUUGCGAAGGCAAGUGCAGGCAAAGCAGCAAUCGACCACUUACAAGGCCGAGCUAGCCAAAGCCUGUAGGAACUGGUGCCGCAAAGCUGCCAGCGUCUUGGAUAGUGCAGAGUUGUCAGAUGCGAUGUGUUGCCGUGGCUGCCAAAAGCAGUGCAGGCGCUUUCCUGGAACACGUGAGAGAGCCAAUGCAGUGUGGCUGGAAAUCGCUGGAAGCCCUUGCGUGCCAUUUUGUAAGGGCGCUUAUGGCACAGGUCUGUCAUGGCUGCACCCGGUGUCAGUUCCCGUCUUUAUUUGGCUACACUCUCUGAAGCGAGCGCAACCUGACAUGAUCUUGCACGAAAAUGUGCCGGACUUCACCCCGCUUGUCUUCGACUUGGUUCUUAAUGCAGAAGAGCAAUGCUACAGCGUGGAAAGUGUGGUUUGGUCGCCAAGUGCGCAUGGCCUGCCUAUCAGCCGCGAUCGGCGCUACACCUUAUGCCGGCGAUUGGCGUCCUUCACCCGAAAGCUUGAUUUCAACUAUGACGCCUUGCAGCAGUACUUCUUUGCAAGCCAGGUGGCGGACGCGCAUAUUUUCUUUCAGGCGUCCGCCGACAUGAGCCGACAUGUUGAACGAGCUGAACAAAGACCUUGCCAUCAAGCGAGGGCUGCCGCCAAUGCGAACCACGAGACGAGGAGGACUUUUUCCUUGGCACUGGCCAGCGCUCAUGACCUCCUCUGA